AUGUCGGACACCAAGGUCAAGACAUGGCUCUAUACCACAGCCGGUUAUCCACAGACUCUGAAGCUGAGCGAGAGCAAUGUCCCUGCGCAGCCUUCUCCUCACCACAUCCUCCUUCAGGUGAAGGCGACAGCACUCAACCCGGUCGAUAUCCAAUUGAUGAACGUUCCUCUGCACUCACUGCCCGGACUCAAUGGCCCCAAAAUCCCAGCCCGUGACUUCUCGGGCAUCGUUCUCGCAUCAUCUCCAGAGAGCGGUUACCAGAAGGGAGAAGAGAUCAUGGGCAUCAGCAUGAACUACACCGGCACAGGCUUUCUGACAGAAGUAUCCCAUCUUGACACUAGGACGGCAUGCAUUAUCAAGAAGCCCAACCAUAUGAGCUGGAAUCAAGCUGCGAGCCUGCCAUUGGUGUGGUUAACUGCCAGAACGUCAAUCGACAAGUGCACGCCGUUCUUGUCCAAAUCGAAGUCGUCGGACAAUCGGCUGGUGGUAUUGGGCGGAAGCUCAGGCACAGGUCUGUACACCGUCCGUCUCGCUCAUGAGCGAGGCUGGAAAGUGCUAUCGACGUGCUCCGGACGCAACGUCGACUUCGUCCAGGGUCUCGGCGCUGAUGAAGUGGUCGAUUACACCUCGGCGCCCGAUGCGGUCACCUCUGCCGUUCGCAAGUUCCAACCGGAUGCCAUCAUCGAUUGUGUAGGUGGAACUGAGUGCAUUGGAUUGGCGCCGCAGUAUGUGACGAUUGUGGGCGACAAGACAAGCAGAUCGUCCAUGGGGGGGAGUGCGCUGUACUACACUCAUCCACGCAUGGUUUUGAGAUGGGUUCUAGGCUACUUUGGUCUGAUCAACUCGUAUGAAUGUAUCGUACUCGAAGCCAAGCCAGAAUGGCUCGAGGAGUCCACAAAUCUCAAAGGCGAGAAGGAGAUCAUUGUUGACAGUGUCUUCGACCUGAAUCGAGCAAACGAAGCUUACGAAAGACUCGAUACCGGCAGAGCAAGAGGCAAGGUGGUCGUUGAAGUCGAGGCCUAG